AAUUAUUUAUUCGCUUUGAACUUAGACAAAAAGAAGGAAAAUAAAAAUGAAACCUUUGUCUCUGUUUUCUAGUUUUAUUCUGGUCACCGGUUUGGCAACAUGUUACAUUGAUGCCUUCACCAGGAACGAUUUUCCAGAGGAUUUCCUCUUCGGAGCCGCCACUUCGGCUUAUCAGUGGGAAGGAGCCUUUGAUGAAGACGGAAAAACUCCUAGCGUCUGGGAUACAACCUCCCACUGUGAUAAUGGAGAUAAUGGAGAUAUAGCAAGUGAUGGGUAUCACAAAUACAAGGAAGAUGUUAAGUUGAUGGCAGAAAUGGGCUUAGAAUCAUUCAGAUUCUCUAUCUCCUGGUCAAGACUUAUACCUAAUGGAAGAGGACCCAUUAACCCCAAAGGUCUACUGUUUUACAAGAACCUCAUCAAAGAAUUACGAGGCCAUGGAAUCGAACCACACGUUACACUUUACCACUAUGAUCUUCCUCAGUCUCUUGAAGAUGAGUACAGAGGCUGGAUCAACCGAAAAAUCAUAGAAGACUUCACUGCUUUUGCAGAUGUAUGCUUCAGAGAGUUUGGGGAUGAUGUGAAGUUAUGGACUACAAUCAACGAAGCUACUUUAUUCGCCAUUGGUUCUUAUGGCGACGGAAUGAGGUAUGGACAUUGUCCUCCUAUCAAUUACUCUACCGGAAAUUCUUGUACGGAAACAUAUAUUGCAGGCCAUAACAUGUUGCUAGCUCACGCCUCUGCUUCAAAUUUGUAUAAGCUCAAGUACAAGACUAAGCAAAGAGGAUCCGUGGGCCUUAGUAUAUAUGCAUAUGGGUUAUAUCCUUAUACAAACUCCAAGGACGAUGAAAUCGCAACUCAAAGAGCUGAAGCUUUCCUCUUUGGCUGGAUGUUGAAGCCUUUGGUAUUUGGGGACUAUCCGGAUAUAAUGAAGAGGACCUUGGGAUCGAGAUUACCGGUUUUCUCAGAGGAAGAGUCAGAGCAAGUGAAAGGAUCAUCUGACUUUGUAGGAGUUAUUCACUACAACACAUUCUAUGUCACAAACCGACCUGCACCUUCUCUCGUUACCACCAUUAACGAACUCUUCUUUACAGACAUUGGCGCAUCUCUGAUAGCCACUGGGAAUGCUUCACUAUUCGAGUUUGAUGCUAUUCCAUGGGGUCUGGAAGGUAUUCUGGAGCAUCUAAAGCAGAGCUAUAACAAUCCUCCAAUCUACAUUCUUGAAAACGGUAAGCCGAUGAAACAUGGUUCAACGCUACAAGACACACCAAGAGUUGAAUUCAUUCAAGCUUACAUUGGUGCUGUGCUCAACGCCAUCAAGAAUGGAUCGGACACGAGAGGUUACUUUGUAUGGUCGAUGGUUGAUUUGUAUGAGUUAAUAGGUGGAUAUAUGACCAGCUAUGGAAUGUACUAUGUGAAUUUCAGCGAUCCCGGUCGCAAGAGGUCUCCAAAGCUCUCUGCUUCUUGGUACUCUGGUUUUCUCAAUGGUACAAUUGAUGUUGCUUCUCAAGAUACUAUUCAGUUGCAGACAAAAUUCUCUGGCUCUUCUUCGUUGUAAUGUAUUUAAAACUAAAGCAUCCUGGUUUGGUUUGAUUUCAUCUAUCGUAUGAAACAAACUCAAUGAGUUGGAAAAUGGUUUGAUAAGAUUUGCAUAUGAAUAAUGAAUUGAUGUAGCUUUUGAGACCCA